CACAAAUACUAUUAACUGAUAUAUUAUUUUGAAUAAAGAAUUUUUGAUUGUUAUUGAAUUAAAAAACAUAUUUUCAAAACUAAGUUAAAUUAAAUUACUUCAAGAGAUGGUUGUUCUUAACGCUCCCAUAACUUGUCUGCCAUCACACAUGUGCAGCCCAUCAAUGACUUUAUGGACAACAAGUUUACCUGCAUCUCCAUGUUCACUAUUAUCACAAUUGUCACCACUGUCACCACUGUCACCAUUGUCAUCGAGUCAAUGUUCAUUAACAGGAUCACCGACAGCACCAUUAUCUCCAGUAUCUAUUGGCAGUCCUAUGUCAAUGUCUUCACUAAAUUAUGGUUCAGCUGUAAUUAUUAAGCCAACCUCAUGGAGUCAAUCGUAUGGUAUGGAACAGGUAUGGCUAUCGGAGUUUCACCGGUUAUUCUCCAAUUACUACCAACAGAUGUGGAUCCUUCAACCCGUUGAAAACAAACCCAUAGCCAACAGUUCAGUACAUACUUUCAUAGACUCAGCAAAAGUUAGAUUUUGUUGUGAUAAAUGUGGUCACGGAUGGACAUCAAUGAAAGGACGGGUAGUAUUUUGGUUUGAUUUAUUGUCACCGAUAUAUUCCAAUGGAUUCGUGGCUUUUAAACUAUAUGGACAACAAUGUGAUCGAUGUAAGAAUGAUAGCUAUGAACAGGCGAUGUGGUAUCCCGAAGAAGUCUGCAAAGUGUUAACUAAUUUGUACAACAAAGUGGGUCAGUUAUUUUAUGGCUUUUAUCACCCGCCCAUUGAAAAGACCCGCCGAUCUGGUAAACCGCGAACCCCUCAUAACAGUGACUUAUGUCAGGCCUGUAAGGAUGGUCUCUGUGCUGAUCGCAAAUGACAAUUAAUCACUACUUGUAUUAGUAAUUAGUUUUUUAAUAUUAAUAAGUAGUCAACAAUUAUUGCUAAAUAUAUAAUAUUAUUCUUAUGUGUCAUCAUUUCUUUAAUUAUAAUUGUAAUUAAUUUUAUGGCUUUAAUGUCUA